AUCGCCGCCGCCUCCUCCUCCUCCUUUUCGCCGCCGCCUUCUUCUCGAGCUGAUCACUGCACUUCCUCCUCGAGCUGAUCACUUCGCCUCCUCGAUCCACCUCCUCUUCGCCGCCUCUUCGCCUUCAUCGCCAGCCCUCUUCUUCUCUUUUUAAGAAAAAUCGAAACGAAGGGCGAGUUCCAAUUUCUUUUGAGAUCAUCAGCUUCGUACUUCUUUCGUUAAUGGAUCCGGAUUCAGUGAAAUCGACCUUAUCAAAUCUAGCCUUUGGAAAUGUAAUGGCAGCAGCUGCUCGUGAUUAUCAAAAGGAACUGUUAGCUACACAAGAGGCUCAGGCAUCCCGAGGAACCAAUGAGGAAGUUGACCUUGAUGAGUUACUGGAUGACCCUGAGCUGGAAAAGUUACAUGCAGACAGAAUUGCUGCUCUCAAGAAAGAAGCUGAAAAGAGGGAGGUCUUGAAAGGGCAAGGGCAUGGUGAGUACAGAGAGAUAUCUGAGGGAGACUUUCUUGGGGAAGUUACCGAUAGUGAAAGAGCGAUCUGUCAUUUCUACCACCACGAGUUCUACCGUUGCAAGAUAAUGGAUAAGCAUUUGAAGGCCCUUGCACCACAACAUAUUAAUACAAAGUUCAUUAAAUUGGAUGCUGAAAAUGCUCCUUUCUUUGUGACGAAACUGGGGGUCAAGACUCUUCCUUGUGUAAUAUUGUUCAGGAAGGGAAUUGCCUUUGAUAGGAUAGUUGGAUUUCAAGACCUAGGAGGCAAAGAUGAUUUCACUACAAGAGCAUUGGAGAAUCUUUUAAAAAGAAAAGGAAUCAUCAACGACAGGAAGAAGGAUAAUGACGACGAUGAUGACGAUGACGAGUAUGGAAGAAAUAGGAGUGUCAGAUCAUCAGAUGUUCAGGGUUCUGAUUCUGAUUGAAAGUGGCAACUUGGAGUUUUUCUAUAUUUUGUAUACUAUGUACUGUUGGCUUUGCGGCAUCUGAUAGAUCUAAACCAAAACUUGAGAUCUAAAACCAUAUAGCCAUGAUUAAUUCAAAGAGAUUAACAAGAAUCAUAAAUGAGCGGAAGCUUAUACCUGAAU